CGUUACUUUAUGAACGAAACAUUCUACCGCAAUGACAGUGAGGCACCAAUUUUUCUCACAAUUGGUGGAGAACUGGCGAUCUCACCGCGUUGGGUGACCAAGGGAUCUUGGAUUAAAUUUGCCGAACAUUUUGGAGCCAUGUGUUUUCAUUUGGAACAUCGCUUCUACGGUAAAAGUCAACCGAAAAGCGAUCUCUCAUACGAAAAUUUAAAAUUUCUUACCUCGCAGCAAGCUUUAGCCGAUGUGGCCCAUUUCAUACGAAGUAUGAAUGUAAAAUACAAUUUCAAUAAUAAGCAAAAAUGGAUUGUCUUUGGUGGAUCUUAUCCCGGUGCGUUGGCGGCUUGGGCGCGCCAAAAAUAUCCACAUUUAAUAUAUGGGGCCAUCAGUUCGAGUGCACCGCUUUUGGCAAAGGUGGAUUUCUUUGAGUACCUUCAAGUUGUCAAAACCUCACUGACAACUCAUUCUGAUAACUGCUUGAAGGCUUUCGGAAGAGCCUUUGCUGAGUUAGAAACACUCAUACGCCAACCCAUUGGCCAACGAAAUGUAAAUGAGAAAUUUAAUAUCUGCACCCCAAUUGAAGAAUCGGUUACGAAGCCACUGGAUAUGUCGAACUUCUUUCAAAAAUUAGCCGAUAAUAUUGCAUUUGUGGUGCAAUUUAAUAAAGUCAAUCGACCCGAAGCUUAUUAUACCAUCGGCGAAGUCUGCAAUGUUAUGGUCAAUGACACCAUUGGACCUCCUUUUGAACGGUUGGGUAUUGUAAACGGUAUGGUUUUGGAGAAUUUGAAGGAAAAAUGCUUAGAUUACAAAUACGACAAUAUGUUGACUGAAAUGAGGAAUAUUUCUUUGCUCGCCAAAGUAGCUAACGGUACACGGCAAUGGACCUAUCAGACCUGUAAUGAGUUCGGCUUCUAUCAAACGUCGAACGAUAAGAAUGACACAUUCGGUGAUAGAUUCAAGGUGGACUUUUUUAUUAAGCAGUGCAUGGAUAUUUUUUCAGAAAGCAUGGACGCAAAGUAUUUGGAGAAAGUUGUUUCGCAGACAAAUGAAUUCUAUGGUGGACUUAGCCCCAAGUCCACGAAUGUCCUUUACGUACACGGCUCAAUAGAUCCUUGGCAUGCGCUCGGUUUGACAGCAUCGAAUAACCCAAACACACCGACCGUUUUUAUUAAAGGUACAGCACAUUGCGCCGAAAUGUAUGAUGCUGCUAAAUCUGAUCCACCUCAACUUACCGAGGCACGUAAUAAAAUAUUGGAUUAUCUUGCACAAUUAUUAACGGAUUCCGAGAUGUAAAGUGUAUAAAAAGGCCGCAUACUUGCUUUCUUAAAUAAAGUACACAAAAUGUAUUUUUUAUAUAAAAGAUUUCAUAUAUAUGUAUGUAUGUAAAAGUAUGUACAUAAACUAAACAAAAAAAUUAA